UUGUAUUUGAAAGGAAAAAUAAUCGAAGAAUUUUGCACAUAAUUUAUUAAAACUUCAAUUCCAUUGGACGCUUUUAUUUGUUACAUAGUUUUCUGAUUUGGAAACGCCAUGGCACAGAGUUUAGUCACUCUAACUCAAGAUACAGGAUCGAACGAUAACAGCAUGUCGACCAAAGAAUUUUUGCAUUUCGAAAAGACUUGUGAAGCCUACAAGGAUAGUGAUGAAGAAAUUAAAAUGAUAUUCAAUGAAAUUAAGAAAUUGUCUGCCGCUGAUAAGUCAGAAAAAGUGUUGAGUGAAGAUAUUGAUGAUGUUGGACUUAUUCUCAAAAGGGCAGAAGAAAUGGCGCAGGAGACUGAGAAUUUGUUAAAAAGUAGCCCUGUAGCGGCGGCACUGAAUGCUGGCAGUCCUAACAAAAGUGAAUCUGGUGCUAUUCCUCAAAUUAAAGUAACAAAACCUCAUGAGACUGACGAGGAUAAGGACCAUAAGGAUAAUAAUACUAAGGUUAACCAGUAUGCUAAACAGAAUGCUAAGGAAAACACUGAAAUACGACGUAAGCCAAAGUUGAGGCCUUUCUCCGCGGGUGUCAUCGAUUCCAAGAAACGGGAACCAUAUAAAGUUGUGAAAUCUGUUACGAAUUCACCUAAAAAAACAUUAAAUUGUAGACACGAUAACGUGCUUGAGGAAUUGAAAGAUACAGCAGAAAGAGCAAAAAGCUUAGAGAUUACGAAUGUAAAACUAAAUGAUGAUAAUAAAGCUUUAAGGAAGAAGUUAGAGCAAGUCACUGAAGAGAAACACAUGGUUGACUUAAAGUUAGCGGAAUGCGAAAAAUUUUUAGGUAGACUAAGCAAAGAAUACGAUCUCAGAACUACGGAAUUAAAAUCUAUUAAGGAAAAUGAGAACAAAAUACUGGUAGAAUUACAAAAGGAACGGAAUGACAGGAAAAAUUUGAAUAUACUGCACGAAAAGGACGUUGUGCUCAUACAUGAUCUACAAAGACAAGUCAAAGAAAUGGAGAUGAUAUUGAAACGAAAGCAUCCAGAUUCUGUAUCUGCUUUAAUAGUGGCUGCAAAAUCUUCAACAGUCGAGGAUAAUAAGAAAAAACUAUUAGAAGAACGUAUUGCUAGAUUAGAACAAGAGCUAAAAGAUAAAGAGGAUCACUUUCAAGGAAUUUUACUGACGUUACAAGAAAAGUUUACUGACAUGAAGCAGAAAUACGAGUGUCACAUAAUAGACGUUGAGAGGCAACUUAUGGAUGAUCGGAAAGUUAACACUGAAUUGAAAAGCAAAUUGAAUAAAUCACAGCUAACCGAUGCGGCUACUCAAACAUCUGCUAAGAAUAAAGUUUCAACAGCUACGCAAACAUUUAUAAAACCAGACAGGGCAUCGUCGGCGGUUAGUAGACUGUCACAGAAUUCAGCUCUAAUCUUGAAUAGAUUGAAGGAGGACAGCUACUUAGUAGCUACAAUAAAAGGUUUGCAAACUGAAUUGACUGGCAAGCAACGUACUAUCGCUAAGAUCAACAGGGAAACUGAGGAGCUUAAGAAGAAUUUGCGUAAUCUACAAAAGGAAAAAGAAGUGUUGCUGCAUCUAAAUCCUCACAAGAAAACGGUGAACAAAACAAAAUCGACGGAGAAUAUAUUGGCAAGGAUGAACACGGAAAUGGAAGCCGAACUAACGGAAAUAAAGAAGCAAAAGGAAGUGUUGAUGCAGGAACGUAACUCGCUGCUAGACUCACUCAAGCGCACGAAUGAGGAAUUCAUAUUGCUGAAGAAAAAGAGGAUUCAGGAUCUCCAUACUCUACAAGUGGCUCACGAAAAGGAGUUGAUGCAGAUGAACAUGCAAGUAUACCCACUUCAAGAGGAGAUCAAACUCCUUAACAGGACGGUGGAAAUCCUUCAGGAGCGCCUGCGAACGGCAGACGACAAGCUUGUGAAGUACCAGGCUGGCAUGAAAGAUGAUGUGUUGGCUGGAGGUGACAAUAAUAGUUCUAAGAGUAGAAGGGAUCGUUAAGGUUAGUCUGAUUUGUUUCUUUUUCGUUUCGAAUUACGAAGAAUGGUUUUUGUUGAUUUGGUGCAUCGGUAGCAUCUACAUUCAGAUGUUUUAAAGGUUUGGAGGAGAUAUGCUAUUUAUUACUCCUAAUUUCUGCUUUAGCGUCUAUGACACAAGAGUUAGUGUUGUGAUUUUGGAGCAGAUUUUUUCUUAUGUGAUAUAAUAUUAAACAUUCCAUUGUCGAACAAAAAAAACUAAAAAUUUACAGUAGAAAAUCUACAGUAUUUAGCAAUCUACCUGCACAGUAAGGUAUGUUGGUAGUUCCAAAGAAUAUACAAUUUCGAAGCUAACUGAAUAAAUGAAAUAUGCAAUAGAACAUUGUGAUACAAAGCGCACUUUUUACAAUUUAAGUUUUUGUUACAUAAGCAUUUCUUUGAUUAGUUUACGCUAUGCACAAACCGUCAAUUGACACAAAUUAGGAUAAUUUUACACUGUUACGAUUAAGAGAGUUAAUUAGAAGUUAGAGUGAGACAACAAUUGACUACGGUAAAUUAAGGUGAUUUAACAAGCUUGGCAGAUCGGUCAAUCGCCUUAUUGUUGUUCGUUUACAUCGAAAUUAGUCAUGCAGAUUUUGGUACCUCCUAUUUAACUUGGGUUAUGGUGAUUGGUGCCAUUCUUUUCUACUAUUGUCUAUCUCUUACCUAUAUGUGACUUCGAAAUGUUUUCUUAAUCUAUCAAAUUUCUACUACUUAUCUAUGUCAGAAGAGUUUGUUUAUACAACAGAAGAAGAAGGUACAAACCUGCGCACGAAUCUCAGAAAAUUCUUUAAUUGUUUGAUAUUCCAUUUGUCGAUUAAGGGCCUUCUUCGAUAAAUGGGGAAGCCAAGCAAUUGCCGUCCUUGAAGGGUAUUGGUUCCUUGAAAAUGUAUCCCUGGUGCACGGAGUAACGCUGGCUGAAACUUGUAUAAAUACUAUACAUUCGCACCAUGGAAACGCAGCUUUAGGUUUGAAUAACAAUGUGAAGACACUGUGGUUAGCAGCCAGGGCAAAAGUCGACAGUCGAAAUAGAAGUUUGGGCAAAUUAAUGAAGACAUAAAAUUAUGUAAAGUAAAAGGCGAUUGGAAACAAAACGAUCACCGACGCGGUCUAAUUCGUGUCCACUGCCACAAGAAAUAUAAAUUAGUAAUAUUGUCACUAGGUUAAUGUAAACUAUUUAUUGUGGAUUUCAAUAACCUGUCGCAUCUGUUAAUUGCCUUACUAACGAUAGGAUAUAGAUAGAUAUCUAGGCUAUUGAAAUCUUCAAUUAGUCUAGUGUAAAGGAAUGAUCAUAUUUUCGAGACUUCGAGGGAGAGAAAUUUUAAUGUUGGGAUAAGAAGCGGGUAAGGUAUUUUUAUAAGUAUUGAAAUAUUGUCGUUGCUUUUACAGUAUGUUGUUAGUAUUUAAAUAAAGUGUUGGAAAAAGUGCUCAUGUGCCUUGUGUCUUAUAAAAUAUAACACCAAAAAGUAACAUUAAUAAUUACGUGUAGUUCCUACUUAUUUAACUAAAUCGUGAUAAGAAUUGUCGUAGUUAUUAGUAAACUGAAACGAUGGACACAAAAGAAUAGAGUGCUAAAUGUGUAGGUAAUAUUUAUUUAUUUAUUUCUAAACUAUAAACUAUGUUUAUUUAUUUUAAAAAUUGUGUAUACGAGAUGAGAAGGCCAGCGAUGUUUUUAGUUACUUUUCCCUGCGAGUAGGUUAACUGCAAGAUAUUUUAUAUACUCUUUACCAUACCUACCUACAUAUA